AUGUUCGCGUCUCUGUUCCUCACCUCCCUCACAGCAGUAGCCAAGGUGUCCGCCAACUGCGCGCACGGCACGUCCGUCUUUCCACGCCUCCCCAACGUCACGGUCUCGACAUUCGGGUACGAUGCCCUAAAGGGACCCUUGAACUGGUACGCUCUCAACAAGACGGCCAACGCAGCGUGCGAGAAAGGCACGACCCAAUCGCCUAUUGUUAUCAAUUCCACGAUUUCCAGGGUGCAGGGGUCGACUCUGAACUGGACGGUGCCGGACUAUUCUGACGGGGCGGAGUUCCAGAACCUCGGCACCAAUGUCGAGGUCAUCGUUGAUGGCUCGCUCGUGGACAUGAGCUCAGGGGCGGCGUACUCGCUGGCUCAAUUCCAUUUUCAUACUCCGGCCGAACAUCGCGUCGAGGACGAGUUCUACCCGAUGGAGAUGCACUGGGUGUUUGAGUCAGAGGGUACCGCCACGCCGCAGUUCGCCGUGGUGGCCUUUCUGGUCGAGCUGUGCGAGUCUCCUGGCUGUACUGACCCGGUGUUGGCCGCCGUUUUCUCGACCAUCGAUGAUAUUGCCGUGCCGGGUGAGGCUGCCAUGACGGGGCCGCUUGCGUUCGGGCAGUUGAUAGACAAGUUUGAGAAUUCUCAGGUCUACAGAUAUGGUGGCUCACUUACCACCCCGCCGUGCACCGAGAAUGUGGAUUGGCUUAUCAGCACUGAGUCACUGUACAUCGAUGUGCCGACGUGGCUGUCAGUCAAGAAGGUCAUCAAAUAUAACGCACGGUAUACGCAGGACGUCCUCGGGGGUGUAAACCUGCUGCAGAAUGCUGCGGAUGAUUUAUGUAAGAGCACGAGCGAUUAG